AUGUCGCCCUUGUCAGUCAAUGUCACAAAAUCUUCCAUUUGCAGUGUUGUUGCUGUGUUCACAGGUAGGGCAAACUGCCCUUACUAUGCCAAAGCUGAGCUCCUGGCUGACUAUCUCCAGGCUAACUUGCCAGACUUCAGGGUUCACAAGAUCACUCAGCACCCUGACAAAUGGGAGCAGUGGCUUCAUGACAUUUGUGAAAUGAAUGGAUGGGAACACAGACAGUCUCCUAUCAUUUGGAGAGAGCUGUUGGACCGUGGAGGGAAGGGUCUGCUUCUGGGAGGAGUUAAUGAUUUUCUGGAAUAUGCUCAGCACUAUUAUGGCAUCACCUCAAUGAUGUUGAGUGAGGAAAUGUUAGACAUUGCUGAGGAGAACCUGCAGGCGCAUAUUGAAGUUGAAAAAGAGGAGGAAGAGAUUAAAAGUCUUAUCAAGCCUUUGCAGAUCUGGAUCACCAGUGCCUCAGCUUCGAUCUGUUAUCAGCUGAUCCCUCUGUUGGCCAAUGGAGAAGUGUUUGGGAUGACCACAGAAAUCAGUAUCCAUUUGCUUGACACUGACCAGUUUAAGGAUGUUCUUUGCGGUAUUGUAAUGGAAGCUGAAGACAUGGCGUUCCCACUCCUCCGCAGUAUUUCAGAGCACACUGAAAUAGAUGAGGCUUUUAUUCAAGCCGAUAUUAUCAUUGUUCUUGAUGAUGUCCUCUUAAACCGUGAAGCCCAAUCCCUUGAGAACUACAUCAGAGAAGUGAGUGAGAUCUGUCAAGUGUAUGCUCCCCUGAUUGAGAAGAAUGCCAAGAGCGGGGUCAGAAUAAUUUCAUCAGGAAAAACCUUUGUAAACCUUAAGGCGAUGAUGAUUAUGACAUAUGGCCAGUCCAUUAAGCCUGAAAAUGUCAUUGCCGUUGCUACAUCCUGGGAAAGUACAGCUAAAGCCAUGCUAGCCAGGAAGCUGAAUAUGAAUGCAGCAGGAGUUAAAGACGUGAUUGUUUGGGGCAAUAUUACUGGCUGUAAUUACAUCGAUUUGUCACAUGCAAAACUUUAUGGAUAUGACUGUGCUAUUUGGGGCCCAGCUAAUUUUCCACGUCCUUCGUUGAAUAUGAUUUAUGAUAGUGAAUGGAUCCAUUCAGAAUUUCUAUCUGCACAGAGUUCACUGAGUUCCCGGGUCUGUCAUAGUGUGGGAAUGUUAUCUGCUCAUGCAGUGGCCACUGUACUGAGAUACUGGUAUCAUGGCUCUCCUCCUGGGGAGAUCGUUUCCGUGGGAAUACUUACUGAAGGUCAAUUUUGCAUUCCUGAAGGGAUUGUCUUCUCUAUGCCAGUGAGGUUCCAGAAUGGAAAUUGGGAAGUCAUGACAGAAUUAGAAAUCAAUGAAAUGACCCAAGAAGUUCUGGGACGCUUAGCCCAUGAGCUGAUUCAGGAAAAGCUCAUUGCACUAAAUGAAAUAGAAGAAAUGCAUCCAUAUGGAGCUGAUAAAAUCACUAGUAAAAAAUGUUUGCAUCAAGGGAUGGAAACCUUGCCCACUGGCUCGCUUUAG